GCCGGAAGCACAUGCUGGCGCGCUGCUGUUAAUGUUGUUGUCAUCAGUGGCAUGUUUCUAGAAAACCUCUGAGAUUUGUGUGGGGUUUUUUUUUGAGGAACAACGAGCGUGUGAAAAAGCGGAGAAUGGCAGCAACGGUGGCUACACCUGUCACCCCCACGGAGCACGACCCGGACCGGUGUGGGAGCGAGGAGGAGAGCCGCGGGGCCGAGGCGGAGGAGGAGAGCAGCCAGCAGCAGACAGGCCCCGCGGCCGCCGUGAGCCAUAACCGACUGUCCAAACUCCCGCUGGCCCGGAUCAAAGCGCUCAUGAAGACCGACCCAGACGUGUCGCUGGCCAGCCAGGAGUCCGUGUUCAUCAUCGCUAAAGCCACGGAGUUGUUUGUUGAGAUGAUAGCCAAAGAUUCCCUGGUGUACGCCCAGCAAGGGAAGAGGAAAACGCUGCAAAGAAAAGACUUGGACAAUGCAAUAGAGGCCAUAGAUGAAUUUGCAUUUCUUGAAGGCACACUAGAUUAACAGUUGCUUCAAAAGACAAGACAAUUGAAUAUCUGCAACCAUCCAAGAAAAUUUCUGUUCCGGGGACACGAUUUGUUGUGACACCUUUCUCGUACUUUUUCUAAAUCAGACUCUCAAAUUGGAUAUUUAUAAACACUUUUCUACAAUGUGCCAUCAAGACGUUUCAUAUUUUGAAGACAUCCGUGGUAAUGUGUACAUUUUUUGUAAAUAUUUAUGAGAUACUACUGUACAAUGGAAUAAAUGUAAGUUUUAAACGACCCGUUUCAUCGGAAUGAAAGUCAGUCUUCAUCAGUUUGUCUGAUAAAUAUUGUCAUUCUGUGUGUGAUCAGUGUUAAAAUACCAGUUCUUUAAGGGCUUUUGACAUGCGGGUGAAAGUGGACAAAUAAA